AUGCCUCUGCAACUCCUGGUGCUGCUGGCCCUGCUAGGCCCCGGGAGCAACCUCCCCUUGUGGGACACGCGGGUAGAUGGAGCCGGGAAAACCCCAGGUCCCCUGCUCUCCCGGGGCCGGAGACAGGACAUCGAGGAGGAGGACAUGGAUGACGACUAUGUCGCGGUAGAAACGGACCCUCCUGAAGUCCUGGGGACCCACAAUGGGAGUGAGCUGGUGACUAUGGCGGGAACACUAGGGCAGACAGGUUCUGUGGUGCCUGGAGCCCCCGAGCUAACCACUGUGGAGGCUGCCACAGGAGACUCUGCUGGCCUGGAUACAGGAGGGUCAGUCACCGGGAAUCUGAGCAUGGAGCUGGCCACUCAGGGGGCUCCGGACACAACGGCAGAGCUAGUCACAGAGCUGGCCACGGAAAGCGCAUCUAUCACGGAGGAUUCAUCCAACAAGGGAAUUCUGUCCACGGAGCUGGCUACCACAGAGGCCCUAUCCAUGGAGCCAGCAGUCCUAAAGGCACAGAUCACUCAACCCACUGCCACAGAGGCCCUGCCCAUGGAACCCACUGCUACAGAGGCUCCGACCGUGGAAUCCACUGCCACAGAGGCCCAGACCGGGGAAUCCACUGCCACAGAGGAUCCCGUGCAACCCACAGUCAAAGAGGCUCUGUCCACAGAGCCACCUGCUACAGAAACCCCUCUCACGGUGGCGCCAUUCACAGAGCCAGCCACUGAGAAGACCCAGUCCACGGCCCCUGCUCCCACAAGGGGUCUUACCACAGUCCUUCUCGUGCCCUCUGUUGCUCACAACAGCACGCCUGUGGGAGCCCUCAGUCUGUCCAACACCAUCCACGUGAGGAGUGGGCCGUCCUCUUCACCCGGGAGCCCCGUGGCCCCCAGCUCUGUGGGGGCCCCGGACCACAUCCCCGUGAAGCAGUGCCUGCUGGCCAUCCUCAUCCUGGCCCUGGUGGCCACUAUCUUCCUGGUGUGCACCGUGGUGCUGGCAGUUCGCCUCUCCCGCAAGAGCCACACGUACCCUGUGCGCAGUUACUCUCCCACCGAGAUGGUCUGCAUCUCCGCUCUGCUGCCUGACGGGGGCGAGGGGCCACCCACCACGGCCAACGGGGGCCUGCCCAAGACCAAGGGCCCGGGUCCCACACCAGAGCCCAGGGAGCGUGAGGGGGACGACCUCACCCUGCAGAGCUUCCUCCCCUAG